UAAUAGUGUAGAUCGACCAUAACCCAUAAAAAUAGAUCAGUAGUGUAUGUGCUGUCACAGAGGGUGUUUGCGUCACUGAGUAAUUAAAUAACAACAAUCGUCAAAGUCGCACCGUAUCGAUCACACGCACCAAUCGUCCAUAAAGUGUCAAUUUGAACUGCUGGCGAGUGUUGAGCACCUGGAAAGUUUGUGACACAUCUCUGAGAGGUACUUAACGGAACUUUCAGCCAUGAAGUUUGAGAAGGCUCACCCUCGACUCUCCAUUAAAGAGGCCUAGAAGAAUUUUUGACCUGAACAUUUCAAAAUGACGAAUAUUUUCGUUAAGCAGGUAAUUAAUGAACAGGAAACGGCCAGGGCAUUGGCGAAGGAGAAGUGUAUUGAACUUCAUGGAGAAGAGGUUGUGAACGUGAUUCCACCCCUCUACAAUAAAACUGUCAAAUCUUACAUGUGUCCACCUUUCUGGGACGAAAUCCUCUGCUGGAAUGCCACACCCGCUGGAACUCUAGCUGUCCAGAACUGUCCAUCGUACUUCACUGGCUUCAUUCCGACAAACAAUGCUACUCGUCAAUGCAUGGAAAAUGGCAACUGGUACUUUCACGACAACAUGCCUUGGACCAAUUACACAGGUUGUUACAAAGACAAAAUUACAACUAUAUACAUCGACCUAAACAAAACAGACCUCCUUUACACCAGAUUCAUGGAACAAUAUGCUCCUGCCGUCCACGUCAUAUCACAAACCGGAUAUAUAAUAUCCUUGGCUUCUCUCAUCAUCGCUUUCGCCAUCAUGCUCUUCAUCAAAAAACUUCACUGCGCUAGAAACAUUCUCCACAUGCAUCUGUUUGCGUCCUUUAUUCUCAGAGCCCUUACCUCGAUUGUUUUUAAAGUUAUUUUUCUUGAAGGAUUAGGUCUGCCGUCAGACUUUAACAAACAAAAUGGCUCUAUGUAUUUUGCUGUCAAUUCAGAGACAAACAACUGGACCUGUAAAUUCAUCACGAGCUUCUGGCAUUAUUUUGUCACUGCAAACUACUCGUGGAUAUUAAUGGAAGGAUUGUACUUGCAUAAUCUUAUCUUCAGGGCACUAUUCACGGACUCUAGUAAUAGUAUCAAGUGGUAUGUCGUUAUGGGUUGGGGUUUCCCUUUGAUCGUAAUUGGGUUUUGGAUUCCUGCUAGACUUCUGGUCGAGGACAGUUUCUGUUGGACUACGGACGAAAGCCAUGUAAUUUUGAUCAUCAGAAUACCAACAAUAAUAUCAAAUUUGCUCAACUUAUGCCUCUUCACGAGAAUCUCGGUAGUACUAUACAGCAAACUCAGAUCACCAAUCAAUGAAGAUGCACAAAGGUACCAAAAAUGGUUCAAAUCAACUUUAGUCCUAGUACCGUUGUUUGGAGUCCAUUACGCCCUGUUUUCGAUAUUGUUCCACGUAAAGGGAACACACUGGAUAGUGGAAGUCGUUUGGUUAUUCUGCGAUUUACUCUUCGGAAGCUUUCAGGGCUUCUUCGUGGCGAUACUCUACUGCUUUCUUAACGGCGAAGUCAGAUCAGAGAUCCAACCCCACUUCUAUUACCUUCUUACAUACCUUGCUAACCGAAAAUACUCAAAGUACUUCUUCCCCUGCCGGAAUAGAUUCUCAAGAUCAGUUGUGGGCAGGUCAUCAGUAUGCACAACUAUGUCAUGUAGCUCCCUCUACACAAACGGAGUACUCCACCGCAACAGCAAAUGUCGCCUAGAUUCCAUCCCCAAACUCAAACAAGGUGACAAAGCAAAAGACCAUAUCUGCUACAAUCCGUCGAGAAGGAACUCGAGAUCGCAGAGACAUUCCCAACCUAUCAAUUUUACAGGAUCUAUACCUCCUACGGCCGAGACGACGCUCUGUAUCGAACAUACUUCGGGGAAAAAACGGUCGGUAACGGAGAUCAACGAGGAGACACUCAAGAUGGCGGUGCAGAACGACUUUUAAGCCCUAUUUAAAUUUUUGUGAUAUUCGUCGAUGUCAAUCAAGAUGUUUGAUGUACGUCAUCGAUGUUCAUUCAGAGCACAUCGUAUAGCGAUCUAGUCCUUUUUUAGUAGAAAAAGAAAGAAAUCUGUUAAAGUAUUUUUCUUUAUAAGACUGUUUUUACUGUUAAGAAUGUAUUCAAUGUGAUGUUUCAAAGACGCAUGUAUGACUUAUACAUCCAAUUUUAAAAUAAAAAACUAUAUAUAAAUGUC